UUUUGAUCAUGUGAAAUGGUUGCUUUCCAGGAGCCGCAUGCUGGGUAUAUUGAUCCUGUUGCUCGUAAGCAAAGCCCAAGUUUUUCAGGGUACCUGGAACCUACUGUUGGAAUGCAGUAUCAACCUCAUGCAGGACACCUUGAAAGUGUUGUUGGGACACAAAGCCAACCUCACAGAGGAUACCAUGUACCUGCUGUAGGAAAUCACAGCAUAUCUAGUGCAGGAUACCUUGAACCUACUCUUGGGACACGUGGCCAACCUCAUGCUGGAUACCUUGAGCCUGCUAUUGGAAGACAAAGUCAAUCUCAUGCAGCAUAUUUUGAAUGGUCUGUUGGGAAACACAGUCACAAUCCAUAUGACGUUGCACUGAGAAGAGCUGGCGGACAUGAUCUCCGUGGCAGUGGUUACUCUGCUUAUGGGGCAGGUAAUCCAUUUGUCACUUGACUUAUUUGUUCAGGCCUCAAAAGCUGCCAAAAGAAGUACAUA